CGGGAACUUAUCAAUUUUCGCAGUUGGUUAUACUGUGCGACUAGGCUUAACUUCAAAUUUACCUCGUAACUAUAAAUUCGGAUAAUUGCUAAUAAACACAGCCAUGUAAUAGGUGUAUGAAAAGUAUUAAAAUUAUUGUUGUGAUUUAUGUGGUAAAACUACGAAAAAGAAAAAAAAAAAGAAAGAUAAAAAUAAACUAAUAAAUAAAGAAAAAAGAAAAUGGCACAAAAUAAUGAAAAUUUACGACGUUCCACUAGAAUAAAGGCGCUCAGUAAAUCUGAAAACAUUGAAACGAAUAAAGGAAAUCUUCAGGAUAAUUUGAUUGAUUCUACAAUAAGAGAGAAAGAUCUAUUGCAAGAAGAAAUAAAGGAACAAAUUGAAAAUAUUGAUAAGGAUAUACAUAAACCAAUUGAAUUAUUUAGUGAAAAUGAUGUUAGUGGUAAAAAUAUGUAUCAGUUUGAAACGCCUAAGAAAGAUGGUAUGGUACAAAAGGCAUAUUUGUCUCGUAAAUCAUUUGAUAUGCAAAAGACUCGGAUAUACAAAGAUAAAACUAACAAAGACACUGAUGUAAAGAAUAGUACUAUUAAUAAGUCAAUUAAUAAAAGAAAAACUCUUCCUGAAAUAGAGAUAAUUUCAAGCGACAGCGAGAGUGUAUCUGAAGAAAGUGAAUUUGUACCAUCAGAGGAUGAAACAAGUACGAAGUCAGAGUAUGAAAGUAGUGAUUAUUCUGAUCUAAGUAAUGAUGAAAAUUUUAGCAAACAAAGUAAAUUAAAAACUAUACAACAUAGAUCUAAUCUAGAAUCUAAGUUAAUAACUACUCCAAGAAGAUCAGAGACCAAAUAUAAAACUCCUUGCAAAGAUUAUCAUAUAAAAACUGAUGAAUAUUUUGAGAAUCAAUCGCAAAAAGUUGUUACAUCAAAUCAUACGCUUGCACGUCUUCGUAAUUCCCGUUUUACCAGAGAUAAAUUACAAGAAUUAUUAGGAAAUCAAAAUCAUAUCAAAGAAGAACAUAAAAAGCUUAUCUAUUCUCUUUCAGAAGAUUAUCGUGAAUUCUUUCCCAUGUGGUACUUCAUUAUGGAAGAAGGAUAUACUUUGUUGUUGCACGGUUUGGGAUCAAAAAGAAAUUUAAUUAAUGAUUUUCAUAAUCAAUUUAUUUCUAAUCAUCCAACUUUAGUAAUCGAUGGCUUUUUUCCCAGUUUAACAAUAAAAGAUAUUCUUGAUGGUAUAAUAACAGAUAUUUUGGAAUUGAAUGUACCAGCCAAUAUAACAGAAUGUAUUGAACUCAUUAAAAAAAUAUUAAAGAAGAAUCCAAAGGACCGAUUAUAUUUAUUAAUUCAUAAUAUAGAUGGUAUAAUGUUGCGCUCUAACAAAGCACAGGAUACGCUUAGCACUCUUGCCAGAAUAUCAAAUCUUUGUAUAAUGGGAUCUAUUGAUCAUAUAAAUGCACCGCUUUUAUGGGAUCAUAUGAAGCAUUCAAAGUAUAAUUUUUAUUGGUGGGAUGCUACAACGCUUUUGCCAUAUGAAGCGGAGACUUCUUAUGAGAGUUCCCUAUUAAUACAACACAGUGGAGCUCUUGCUUUAUCAUCGCUUCGUAAUGUAUUCCUCUCUUUGACAUCGAAUGCUCGAGCCAUAUAUAAACUCUUAAUACAGUAUCAGUUGGAUAAUAGUAAUGCUAGUGAUUUCUCAGGAAUGGCAUUUAAAGAUUUAUAUCGAAUAUCACGAGAAGGCUUUCUCGUGAGUACUGAUUUAGCUCUAAGAGCACAACUAACAGAAUUCAUAGAUCAUAAAUUAGUACGAACGAAACGUAACAAGGAUGGUACAGAAUGUCUAAUAAUUCCACUUAAUAAUAAUUUGUUGAAACAAUUCCUUGAACAACAUGAAAACUAAAUGUUUAUUAUAUAUAUACAUAUUUAUUUUUAUACAUUAAGCCAAAAUAAAUACAAUUUUAUAUUUUAUACAUUUUUAAGGAUAAGAGAUAAAUAAAAGUGUAUAAGAAGUAAGGUAAGAUAAGAACAAAUUAAAAGUAUUGACAAAAAAGAAAAAUUAAAACGACACUUAAUUGUACAAUAUAUUAUAUGAUUUUUAAAUUCAAACAAUUUCGUAGGAUUCUUUGGAAUAUAAUAACAUUUUCAAAAUGUACCGUAACUAUGAAUUAAUCGGUCAUAAUAUUUAUAUCAUAUUAUUCGAUAUUAUUAUGAUAUUAUAAACAAAUCGAUGAUGAAAUUGAAGUAAUUUUUUCUUUCUCUUUUUUUUUUUUCUUUUUUUGUUUCUCUUCUUUUCUUGUGUUUUUUCUUUUUAUUAUAUUGAUUUUUAAUAUUAAAAAAAAAAAAAAAAAAAAAAAAAAAGUAAAGAAACGUAAUUCAAACGUACUCCGCGGGUAAAGUCGGACACGACAGGAAAAUGAUAAAGGUAGCUGCCCUCCCCUCCAAUGGAACUGUAAACAAAAAUUUCCAUACUCGUUAAAUCUAUAUUAUACUUUAUCUGUGGUAUGACAUGAAAAUAGUCACGGGUAAUCUAGAGUACUCAAGAAUAAGCCGAAAAUAAUGAUUGUCGUUAACUCUAAUUAAUAUCUUCUCUAUGUUACAAGGAUGUUAAUUACGGUAGAAAUUUCAAAUACGUUUUCGUUAAGGACGGACGAUAGUGAAUGGCGGCGCCAGUUGUAUUAUCGCUUGCUCAGAUCAUUCUUACAUACAAGUGUGAGCAUAGCGGGAUGACCGGGAACGCAUAUUAUCUACAGGCUGGAUGAAAUGUCAGACCUGUUCGGGGGUGGGUGGAUAUACAUGGAUUGGUGAGAGGUUAAGAAGAUCGACAAAUUCAAACUUUUUGUGAUUUUGGUGAUGCUGUUAGAAGCUUUUGGAAUUCUACAUAGCCAACCGGUCUUGCUCUACUUUGCAUGUGAAGGUUGGCAGUGCCUCCAUUUUAUGAUAUAUAAUCUGUGGUGUAUGUUUGGAAGAAGAAGAAGUUUUUCUAUAUAAAAGAUGUCCUUCAUUCUUACUGCCGUCCUCGGAUCGCGUUGUUUUGGGAAGGAACGAGCUAUGACGUUGAGUAAAACUAUAUGAAGGAACAAAUCAAAAUCAGAUCUAUGUGAAAGAAAAAAGAAGAAAAAAAGAAAAAGAAGGAAGUAACAAGCAAAGAAGAAAAAAAAAAAGAAAGGAAAGAAAUUGAUUAGAAACAAACUGGUAUAAAAAAUGAAG